CUCCUCGCCGCCGGCUCCAGUCCAGUUUUUCGGGCGCUCUCCUCCUUCCCAGCGCCGGCCCCAGCCCCGGCCCUCCUCACCCGCAGGAACAGCCCCGCCGCGGCCCCCCCGAGCUCAAACCAUGUUCCAGCCGUCCGCAAAGCGCUGCUUCACCAUCGAGUCCCUGGUGGCCAAGGACACCCCGCUGAGCCCCGAGGAACCCCUGCGGCCCUCGGCCCUCAAUUAUCCCCCCCCCGCCGCUUCCGACGCCUUCCCCGGCGGUUUCCAAGGGGCUGCAGCCGCCGGCCGGGCUCUGUACGGCGGCACCGAGCUCGUAUUCCCCGAAGCCGUGGGGCACCCGGCUCUACCCGUCGCUCCGCAUCAGCUCGGAGCGUCGCCUCUCCCGCACCCUCACUCUUUCUUCGGACCGCAACAUCGCGACCCGCUCAACUUCUACCCCUGGGUGCUGAGGAAUCGCUUCUUCGGGCACCGCUUCCAAGGGAACGAAGUGUCCCAGGAGAGCCUCCUCCUGCACGGCCCCUUCGCCCGCAAACCCAAACGUAUCCGCACCGCCUUCUCCCCAUCCCAGCUACUGCGGUUGGAAAGGGCCUUCGAGAAGAACCAUUACGUGGUGGGCGCCGAGCGCAAGCAGCUGGCCAGCAGCCUCAGCCUCUCCGAGACCCAGGUGAAAGUGUGGUUCCAGAACCGGCGGACGAAAUACAAACGGCAGAAGCUGGAGGAGGAAGGGCCGGACUCGGAGCAGAAGAAGAAAGGUUCCCAUCACAUCAACCGAUGGCGCCUCGCCACCAAGCAGUCGAGUGGAGAAGACAUCGACGUCACCUCCAACGACUAAGGCAGGGACAGGCUCCUGGUGCAGCUGCCAUGCAGAGGAACCCGGGGGACGACGCGGGGAUGUGCGCGGCAUCACCCCACAAACUCUAAAGGGACGUCACCGCCGCCGCCCCCACCGGACCCAUCCGUCCCCCCCACCCCGCCGCCCGGAGCCCGGCGCAGCCCUCGGGGCGCGUUUUGGGGCUCUCCUGCUGAGCCUGGGAGGAAGAGGAGGCUGCCGGGACCCCGGGACACAACCGCGCAUCCUCCUCCGCGUGGGGACCGCCCGUCAGCCGUCAGGUCGCAUCCAACAUCCUACCUUCGAGCUCAAUGUUUCCACCUCUUUAUUUUCCAUUUCCCCCCCCCUUUUUUUUUCUUUUCUUUGUCCCUUCUCCCCUCCUCCUUUCUCUGUCUUUCUCUCCUUUUUUUUUUUUUUUUAAACACGGUUUUGUUUUAAUUUAUUCUUUGGUUUUAUUUUGUGCCCCCGUGUGCGUGUGUUCCCCGUUGUAGGUAGUCCGCAGCUGUAGUGUGUGUUACUGCGUGGUAAUAAAAAGCAAAAUGUGCUCAAA